AUGUGUGGCCAGCGACUGGAGAAGAUUGUUGCUUUUUGGACGUUCGCUUUCGUAAGGAUUGUUACUGGGCUAGCUGGAGAGGGAAGAUCCGUGUGGAGAAAGGACUCCCACUUCAGCCCCGUGAGCGAAACACAGAUGUUUUUAUAUGACACUUUCCCCAGAGAUUUUCUCUGGGGGGCAGGGACAGGAGCUUUCCAGGUGGAAGGCAGCUGGAGGAAGGACGGGAAGGGCUCCUCCAUCUGGGACCGCUUCAGCCGCUCGGAGCUCAGGGACGCUGACAGCGCAGGCACCUCCAGUGACAGCUAUGCCCUGUUGGACAAAGAUCUGUCUGCUCUGCAGUUUUUGGGAGUUACUUUUUACCAGUUUUCAAUUUCAUGGUCAAGGCUCUUCCCCACUGGAGUGGUGGCAGCUCCCAAUGAAAAAGGACUUCAGUAUUAUAACACCCUUAUUGACUCCUUACUCUACAGGAACAUUGCCCCCGUGGUUACACUGUACCACUGGGACCUGCCCCUGAUGCUGCAAGAAAAAUUUGGGGGAUGGAAAAAUGAAUCUGUGAUUGAUAUCUUCAAUGACUAUGCCACGUUUUGCUUCCAGACCUUUGGGGAUCGUGUUAAAUAUUGGAUUACAAUCCACAAUCCAUAUUUAGUUGCUUGGCAUGGGUAUGGCACAGGUAUUCAUGCUCCAGGAGAGAGAGGGAAAAUAAGAACUGUCUACUCAGUAGGACACAAUUUGAUCAAGGCUCAUGCAAGAGUUUGGCAUACCUACAAAGAACACUUUGAACCCUACCAGAAGGGGAUGAUAUCCAUAGUGCUGGGAUCCCACUGGAUUGAGCCUAACAAAUUGGAAGAUGAGUUGGACAUUUCUAAAUGUCAGAAGUCCAUGGAGAGAGUACUUGGAUGGUUUGCUAAACCCAUCCAUGGGGAUGGGGAUUAUCCAGAAGAACUGAAAAAUGAAUUCUUAUUUCUCCCACACUUUACCGAAGAUGAAAAAAACUACAUCAAGGGAACAGCUGACUUCUUUGCAUUUUCCUUUGGUCCUAGUAACUUUAAACCUCCAAACACUCUACCAAAAAUGGGACAAAAUUUGUCACUCAAUUUGAGGGAAGUACUGAACUGGAUUAAACUGGAAUACAACAGUCCUCGAAUCUUGAUUGCAGAGAAUGGCUGGUUCACUGACAGCCACGUGAAAACAGAUGACACCACAGCCAUCUACAUGAUGAAAAACUUCAUUAAUAAGGUUUUACAAGCUAUUAAAUACGACAACAUAGAUGUGUUUGGUUACACAGCCUGGUCCCUCCUUGAUGGCUUUGAAUGGCAGCAUGCUUACAACAUCAGGCGUGGAUUAUUUUAUGUAGAUUUCAAAAGCAAAAAAAAGGAAAGGAUUCCCAAGUCAUCUGCACUUUAUUAUAAACAAAUCAUACAAGAAAAUGGCUUCUUCCCAAAGGAUUCCACCCCAAACUUGCAAGCUCAGUUCUCCUGUGACUUCUCCUGGGGUAUCACCGAGUCUGUUCUCAAGGCAGAAUCGGCAGCUUCCUCACCACAGUUCUGUGAUUCCAGCUUGUACCUCUGGAAUGUCACAGGAGAUGGGCUUCUGCACAGAGUUGAAGGGGUAAAGCUAAAAACCCGACCAGCACAGUGCACAGAUUUUGUCAGUAUUAAAAAGCAACUGGAUCUCCUGGAAAAAAUGAAAGUCACCCAUUACAGAUUUGCACUUGACUGGUCACUAAUUUUACCCAACGGAGAUUUGUCAGUGGUCAACAGGCAAGUUCUUAGGUAUUACAGAUGUGUGAUUAGUGAAGCUCUGAAACUGAACAUUCAGUCCAUGGUCACCUUGUAUUAUCCAACUCACACCUACCUGGGCCUGCCGGGUCCUUUGCUGCAGACAGGAGGAUGGUUGAACCAAUCCACUGCCCACGCUUUUCAAGAGUACGCAGCUUUGUGCUUUAGGGAGCUUGGUGAUUUGGUUAAACUGUGGAUUACAAUAAACGAGCCAAACCAGCUAAGCAAUGUCUACAAGAGGAGCAGCAAUGACACCUAUCGGGCAGCACACAAUUUGUUACUAGCACACGCCAUGGCCUGGAGAACGUACGACGAGCGGUACCGGCCCUCUCAGUACGGCAAAGUGUCCCUGUCCCUGCAUUCCGACUGGGCUGAGCCUGCCAACCCCUUCUUUGAAUCUCACUCAAAAGCUGCCAACAGGUUUCUUCAGUUUGAAAUAGGCUGGUUUGCCAAUCCCAUAUUUAAGACUGGGGACUAUCCAGCUACCAUGAGGGAAUAUAUCACCUUUAAAAACAGAAAAAGCCUUUCAUAUACUUUGUUGCCAUCUUUCACAAGUGAGGAAAAGCAGCUUGUCAAAGGUGCAGCUGACUUUUAUGCACUGAAUCAUUUCACCACCAGAUUUGUGAUUGAUGAACCUCAGAAUGGAAGCCAGCAUGAAUUUGAUUGUGACAUUCAAUUUCUGCAGGAUAUCACCUGCCUGAGCUCCCCUUCUCGUUUGGCAGUGGUGCCCUGGGGAAUGCGCAAAGUUCUCAGGUGGAUCAAAAAAACUUACGGUGACAUCGACAUUUACAUCACAGCAAAUGGAAUAGACGACCCGUCCUUGGACAAUGACGAGCUUCGAAAUUAUUACUUGGACAAAUACAUACAAGAGGUUUUAAAAGCCUACUACAUUGACAAAGUCAAGAUUAAAGGCUACUAUGCGUUUAAGCUGACUGAAGAAAAAUCUAAGCCCAGAUUUGGAUUCUUCACUUCAGAUUCAAAAGAAAAGCCUUCAGUAAGAUUUUACAACGGCCUGAUAAGCAACAAUGGCUUCCCUGCUGACCACUCAGUCUGUGGCCCCUCUAGCCACGAAAAGCAGUGUAGCUUCUGCUUGUUUGUUUCUCAGAAGAAGCCGUUAAUAUUCUUUGCCUGCUGCCUCUUCUCUACCCUGAGUUUGCUUUUAGCUAUUAUUUUUUUUCACAAAAGAAAAAGAAGGAAACGUUUUAAGGCAAAAAGCAUCAAAUGCAUCUGUGUCUCAUUUUAG